GUUGUCCAUUUCCGUGGACAAUCCGAGCGUCAAUUAGAAAGACAUUACUGUAAUCAAUUUCCGCCGCGUUCGACCGAUAUUGCGCGUAAUAAUUGCGACACGAAGCUUCCAGAAAUCGAUGAAAUGCUUAAGAAACAAGCAUCCCUCGCGAAGGGCAUCGAUUUCCGAUGACUCUUCUCCUCGGCUGUUGUAAAAUACGAGGCGAAUCGGCGAGCGCGCCCGAACGAUCUAAAUCAUAAAUGUCGCUCUUGAUCAUGAAAAUUUGUCACGAGCGAUCGAUCGGUAAAGACAGGCGUUCGGCCAGGAAUACAAAGGAACCCGAAUACGAUCGGUCGGAGAAGGUGGUAGGGGGUGGUAGGGUGGCGCGCUUCAAUGGCAGGCGACUUUGUAUAAAAUCGAACGGGUCUAUUGAAAAGCCGUCACACCAGGAACCAUCGUUCUCCGUACGUCAAAACCACUCUGGGAACGGAUACAAGGGCAAGAUGCGUCCAAUCAACGUUGCGAUUGUUGCUAUUGCGUGCUGUUCGCUCGUAUCAUUCGCUAUCGCCGCGGAUGUUUCGCUGGCCGAAGACCAUGACUCGUCGACCUUGGACCAUCCGGACGCGCGAUUGACAGAGUUAGGAGGCGAAAGCGCGGGAGCGCCUUUGAUUAGACAGAAAAGGACGAUUCUACUGAAGAAGAAGCUUCUCGGCGCGGGACUCCUUGGUUUCGGUUUGGGAAUCGCGAAAGGGUACAAAGCUGGUUAUUACACCGCACCGAGCGUUCGUCACGUCUAUCUGUCGCCUCCGCCGUCGGCUGUGAAAUACGUCGAAUACGUCGAGAAGCCCGUUUUCGUCGAAAGGAUAAUCGAAAGACCGGCGCCGUUCGUUAAAUCGGUGCCAGCCGUAUUCAGCGAACCGUCUCCUUCGUACGGCGUCUGGUAAAACCGGUGACACCACCCCCGCAACCAUAGAAAUCGUUACGAGGACAACCUGGAAUCUGCGAACACUGUAAAUAACGUAAACGCGAAAUAGUUAACGAAUAAAAAAUAGUAUCUCAAUAUU